CUCAACCGGAGAUUUGAGUAUUUCUGUAUUUGACUAUUAUUCUCCGGCCACCGUGCUUCUUUGUCAGCGCCGCGCCCAUCUCAUUUCUUACUUCUUCAUCAAGCAAUAUCUUCUUCAAAUGCACCCCGCGACCCACCUGAAGCUCCAUCUCCGAUCUCACUCCGCCGCCUUAACCUAGAAAUGUUCUCCAAUUAGCCGAUUUUCCUUUCCAUUGGGUCACCGAAAAGUCGAAAUGGUGCUGCCCUUGCUAAAGCUCGGCACCUUAGCAGUCAAGACGCUGAGCAAGCCGCUGGCUAGUAAGCUCAAGCAGCAAGCUGCUUACCACCCUAAGUUCCGCCAAAUCAUCAUCAACAUGGCGCAGUUGAAUCACCGAAUCUCGACGAGGAUGCAACGGCGGAUCUACAGCCACGCUACCGAUGCGGAGAUUCGGCCGUUGAACGAGGAGAAAGCUGUCCAGGCCGCCGUCGAUCUCAUCGGCGAGUUAUUCGUUUUCACGGUAGGAGUAGGUGUUCUGAUCUUCGAGGUACAAAGAAGUUCUAAAUCAGAGGCUCGAAAAGAAGCAGCAAGGUUGCAAGAACUAGAGGUUUGAUCUCUUGCGUGAUUGAUGCUUACCCAACAUUUCAAUCAAUCUGCUUUUGUAACCACUGAUUGAUAUCUUCUGGUUAAGAAAUGAGGCAAAGAGAUGAAGACUUGGCAAAAGAACUGGAGUCUUUGAAACAAAAACUGGAUGAAAUCGAGCAGCUUGCCAAGAGCAGAGGACUCAGUGGCAUUUUCCACUUGAAACCCUCAAGUAAAGAACACGAGAAAACAACAAAACCAGCAUAAAACAGCGCAGAGAAAACUUUGUUUUUGUUCCUUGGGAUUCUCUGUAGAGAGUCGUACACUGAUUGACUGAUACAUCAUACACAACAAUGUGAAAGUUCAGAUUUAUCCCCUGCCAAUCAUAAACAAUGGUCGGAAGAAUUUACGCCUUAAUUCCCUGGACUAAGAAUGAUUGAUUUCAGAUGUGCAUCAUGAAAUCAGUUGUAGGAAAAUGGAAUUGGAGAGAGUGCAAAAUGCCAGCAGUGGGUGGCUCGAGCCUAGAUGCUUUUCUUUCUUGCCAAGUUUCAUAUUGUUGACCUAACUGGUUUGAAGGAAGGUUGAGAUUGAAUGAGUUUCUGUUGUGCCUUGUCUGCACCCGAAGAUAUUUAUCAGGAUUUGGAACAGAUAUAUUAUGGGAUGGCUGUUGUUGGUACUUUGGUCUCUGGUGUUUUUUUGGAAUAGAUGC